GUGCCGCCUGAGAGAAAUUGUCCCCCGAUUUUGGAUUGGCAAUACCUGCUUGUAUCAUACCUUAUAUUAUUUUCAAUAACACAAGUGCUCAUUGUUGUGGUCGAUGUCAUCAGCUGACGAAAAUUAAAUUUCUGUGUACAUAUUUAAAAUAGUCAUAAUAAAAAUUAGAAAUGUACAGUCAGGAUAUUCUAGCUACAUUGUCGAUGUUAAAUCAUCUCAGCAACAAUGACUUGGAAGAAAUAUUGAACGACGAUGGAAGAUUCGAGGAAAUUGACAAUGACAUAAAACAGCAUAAGAUCUUGGAGGCGACGAAACAGGUGGAGUGCCAAUUAGAUGGAGAGAGUGAAUCUCUGGAGAACCUAGAUAUUGAUGAUAUUGAAAAGCUGAGGAAGAAGAGGUUACAGGAGAUGAAGAAAGUACAUUAGCAGAAACAGGCGUGGUUG